AUGAGUGGCAAGAUCAAUGCUUCUCCAUCUUUUAGAUUGAUGGGGCAAAUGCCACUCCUUCCGAAAGCUUUGCCUAAAGACAAGCACUCGGAAGAAUUUGAGGCAUUAACUGAACAGAUCCGAAUUCUUGAUCAAUCUACCAAAGAUAUGAUCAAAAAAUUAGAAAAAAUGCAUAAGCGGCGCACCAAAUAUGCUAGACAAAUAGCAAAUUUCAUUAAUAAGCAUCAAGAAGAAAAGAAAGAAACAAAAGAAAAUCGAUUACUACAAAUUCAAUCGGAAAGACUAGGCAGACUGAACUUAUGCUCUCGUUUACUCGAUAGUAGAUGCCGAUUAUCAUCACUUAUUAAAAAUCAGCCGUUACCAGAAUUACAACAUCCAAAAACUUCGAUGGGCGAGCGUCCUGAGAACGUUCAACAAGGAUCAGAUUCACUAUUGAACUUUCUUAGAACAACUACUCCAGAAGGAAUUUCAAAUUUCUUUUUAGAAAACGCAAUUCCGAAAUUAUUAGUGUAUUGUUCUCGAAAAAAGUUCAAUCGUGGUGGUCUCAAUGUUGAUAUUAACGAAUUUGUACAAUCAUUACCAUCAAUAAUCGUUCAAAUUCCAUAUCAAAACAGACUUUACAUUUUACAGAAAAUUUUAGACACUUACCAUGAAUCAAACAAUCUCACACAGCUAUUCGAAUACACUGCUCUCCUUACUUCGCCUACAGAUAUCAUUCGAGGCCUUGAACAUGGCGCAUCUAACCUUCUACGUUGCAGAAAAGUAAAAUUACUAGUAGCAUCAGAACUAUCUAAAGAACUUACAUAUAUGCACUCGGGUGUCCGAAGGACAGUUCCCAUGACAACCGGCUUAAUUUACGAUGUUGUACAAAAAGGAACGUAUAGAAUAGUCAAAGAUCCGAUCAACAGCAAUGAAAUAGACUUGGCUGUUGAAUCAAUGAUCUUUGAAGGGGCAAAAAGCUCCAUUAUCGUUCCAUUGUAUCAUCCAGAUUAUUUGAACCCAUUUGUAAUCAUUGCAUCAGAUAAAGUAAGAGAGGAAGGAUUCACAGCAAGCGAUUUUGUACUUAUAACUUUCUUCUUUAAGAACAUUUCGAUGCAAUUAAAGUUUUUAGUCAGAGAAAUAUCAAGUAUCACAGAAGCUGACAUGACAAACCUUGUUUAUGGCCUAUCAUUAAUUGCUGCAACACAUAAUGCCCAUGAAAUGAUCCAAAAAGUUUCAGAUGUUUCAGAUCAUAUGAUUGACGCCUCUCAAACAAGAUUAUUCACCAUUGUCAAUGAUUGUCUCUGCGAAGAAACACCAGGCAUCAAACUUGGAGGCAAAAUGUUAACUCUAGACCAUGGAUUAAUUUGUAAAGCGGCAAUUCAGAAUGAAACAAUGAAUUAUUUCCUUCCCAGACGCGAAAAGACAUUCUCUAUAUCAAUAGAUGAUAUCACACAGCCAAGAAUCUGGUCAAUGGUCGCUGCUCCAAUUACAUUUCACGGAGAAGUGAAAGGAGCUUAUGUUUUAUACAACAGAAGGAACGGAACAUUCUUUUCUGCUCGAGAAACAUACAUCGCAUCCAACUUAGCUCGUUGUAUUUCUUCUUUAAUCCACAUUUGUUGUGAAUCGACCAAUUUACAAGAUUCUCUUGAAAGAAACAACGACAACAUUUUACACGCGUACAAUUUAACUGUUUAUGCAUUGAAGAGCAUACAAACAGUAGGAACAUCGAAGUUGUUUGAGUCAAUGCAACAGUUUUGUAACAAAAUGAAACCAAAAAUUAAUUUUCGUUUUUUAAUUUACGAAAAUGAUAAAUUAUUGGAUGCAGAAACAAACCAACAAGUUUCAAGUGAACCACAGCUUUUAGAUGCUAUUUGUGACUUGAAACCAACAGCUGCAACAGCGGAAACAGUUGGUAUUUUGGUAAUUCCAAUAAAAAUGCCAAAUGGAGUGAUAAAUCUCUUCGAAUUUCGUGCGCCAUUGAUGCAAUUGAAGAGCGAAGAAGAGAACAAUGGUAUUCUACAGAGAACGAGAUUGAUGCAGAGCUUAGAUAACAAAACAUUGCCAUUGCAAGUUCCUGAGCAAAUUAAAUUGGGAAGAAGCAGUCGAAGAAAUUCUUUGAUUGGACGAUCUUCAACAAAACUCGUUGGUUCUUCAUCAUCUUUCUUCGAUUUGUCGAGAUCCAAUUCGAGUAUUAAGAUGCCUUUCGUUCCUUUGAGUCUUAAAUCAGUCCAUGAUGACGAUUUAUCAUCAACUUCCGUUUUCGAGUUGACAAAAGAUUCAUCGACAUAUGAUAAAUUUUUGAUUGUUUCCGCAAACAAAUCAUUCAGUUUGUCAACGUUCGAAGAACAGCUUGAUGAAGAUAAGCUUCAAAUCUAUCCUUUCGAUUCCUAUAUUACUACUUUGUUACAGUCUUUUGCAUUGAUGACAUCAAGACAAUUGUCUUUGCAUCACAAAAUUGUAAGUUUGAAAGGAUACAAUAAAUAUUUGAGAGGUUUACAUAUUUUAGGAAAUGUUUUAGCGUGUCCUAUGCCAUUUAGCAGUCUUCUAGACAUAUUGAUGCGUUCCUUUACAUGCCUUUUUGGUCAGAGUUUGUCAUUAAUUAUAUAUGAUCCUCCUUUAUUUGAUUCCAAUGACAAUGAUUUAGAUCCAACAGCAUUGAACUUGGAAAGGGAUAGAAUGAUCUUUGCAUCAAUCAAAAUACCAGAAACAAUGGCACAAGAAAGAUCAACAGCAUUGGCUUGCUUCGCUGAUCUCCUUUUAGCUUUGAUGGCAAGUAGAGCUGAUAAUCAAAGAUCAAAUCCAAUUGUGUCAAUGAAAUUCCCUCAAAUCACAUCACAAUUAGACUUGAAUUUCCUCGAAAUGAACAUCCAAGAAACAAUUGGUUUGACCGUUGAAAUUUUCGCGGCUUUCCAUGUUCACGAAGUAUUGGAUUGCACAAGAGAGAAAAUCAAUAUUUGGCUUGGAAGAUUGGCUGUAAAUCCUGAUGAAGCUUCGAUUUUCCUUUUGGCUGUUGAUGCUUUACAGUUUACUUACGCUGUUUACAAACAACUUGAUUUGUUCAAGUACUACUCGAACUCGGAACUUGCUGCUACAUGCAUUGCUUCCUUCAUGAGAGUUGGCUUCCCUCAUAUGAGACCUGACUUUAAAUAUCAAGAAGCAUUGAAAAUUUUGCCAUUGAACAAAGUCCCAAGAAAAAUUUUAGUUCGAAUGACAACAGCAUUGAUUUGUUUGGCUGAUCCAGAAUGUGACUUAUUAGAGAACACAAAGUCUGAAAUAUUAACAGGAUUGGCUGAAUUGUUGUUAGUCAGAGCGAAUAUUAAUGUUUCAGUAACAGUUGCAAAGUUUAUUUUGCAUGCGAAAAGAGGUUUUGAUUUCGAACAACAAAGCCAUAAAGAGUUAAUGGCUCAAUUCAUUACUGAAUUAUGCCAAUCAUCAUUAUUCUUUAGACCAUUGCCAGCUUUUGAAAAGACUUGCUUGAUGAGCAGAGAAACACAAUCAACAAUUUUAUACAGAAUCAGAAAAGUUGUUCAGCCACAAGCAAAAGCUCUUGAGUUGGCAAGCCAAGGAUGCACAGUAUUCACAGAAGCUUUGUCUGAUAAAGAACCAUGGGUUCUUGAGAAAGGCGAAGACUUCUUCUCUGCUGAAGCAAACGAAGAAGAAGAACAAGGAAAUAUUCCAUUAAUUGAUGCUCGCUAA